GCAAAUGAAUCGUCUAGUCUCUUCUUCAUUUCGGCUACCACCACCUCCAAAACUCGCCCAAGGUUAGCGCCUUCGGCGUUUAUAAGGUCUGUUCUGCCCGUUUCCUUCGAUUCAGGUGGCUCAUUCCUCUGCACGCGCCUAGGGCUUCCGCAUGCGUAUGAUAGUGAGGGCACGGUGUUCUUUCUUCGAAGGUACUGGUAGACAGGCGAGUCAUUUGCCCAUCCUUUCACUAUAUAGUACUGACGUCAUCCUCUUCAUAUAUGCUAUCACCACAGAACUUGGGAUUUCUGCAUCGUCUUCCGCUUGUGUAGGUCUCAUGUUCAUAUGUACAAGCUGCUGGUGUUCUGUCUCCUUCUGGAAGUGCAACUGUGUUACACCUCUGGUGUAUCCCGCCCUACUCUUCAUAUCACACGUCCUCCGAGAUCGUCAGUUCUAAGCCAAUGAAUCCAAAUACACUGUUGAGCAGGUCAUCACGCAAUCAACUAUUCACAUUGGGCGUGGCAUCCAUGUAGCCGAACAGUGUUAUCCCUCUUUACCUGUUCGACGACAUGAAUUCCAU